AUGGGAGUUGUCAAUUACAGCUGUGUCACAGGUUAUAAGCCCGCAAAUGGCAGCUCUGAAUUGACAUGCUUUUCAUCUGGCAAUUGGUCUGGGCAAGCUCUCAGCUGUGAGAUCAUCACUUGCCCGUCUCUGCAAGUUCCCAGCAAUGGAACGGCGCAGCUCAACAGUGGGAACUUCAGCUACGGUGCGGUGGCUCGGUUUUCUUGUGACGUUGGGUACAACAUGCACGGUUCGGCCGUGCGUGAGUGCGGCGGUGAUAUGGGACGGUGGACUGGAGCGGAUACACAAUGCACAAUUGUGCAGUGCAUCGCCCCAGCGCUACCAUUGCAUGCCAUCACGAACAUCAACAUCUCCAUGACGCCAACCCUGGUGGACUACAGUACAGAGAUCCUCUACCAGUGUCAUAUUGGAUACCGGCUAGUCGGUGACGACCGGGCGCAGACCUGCUUGGACACCGGCCUUUGGAAUGGCACCACACCAAGCUGCACAAUCGUGACCUGUCCUGAUCCGGGCGCCAUUUUCAAUGGCAUUCGCCAUGGCAACGUGUACAAGUGGCAGCACAGCAUCACGUUUGAGUGCGUCAAGGGUUUCUAUCUGAUUGGCAACUCGUCACUGACGUGCACGCAUCACGGGAAUUGGACAGCUGCCGUGCCGACUUGCGUUGCGUACACGUGUGACACUAACUUCUCGUCUCCGGACAACGCCAUCACACUGACAUCCCAGGGCUACUUCAGUACUAACAUGCUGCUGCGAGAGGAUGACAUCAUCGUGACCGUGUGCCAGAGUGGUUACCAGAGUGAGGACGCACAGUCGCUGUGCCUCGGCGGUCAGUGGGUGCCAGCGUUUGCGCCCAGCUGCCAGCCGUCGCGCUGCAACCAGUCGCACUUCGUCGCCGGCCGACACACUGAGCAGACGGGCUCUGGGACCGGCAUUGGUGCGGCUUAUUCUGUUAAAUGCAUCACGGGGUACUCGUGGUCCUGGCCGCUCACCUACUUCAACAUCACGUGCCGGUACAACCUGGAGUGGUCCGGCGCGGCGCCCGAUUGUUAUCGCACCGCUUGUCCUACGCUAUCAAACACUGGUAACGUACAAUGGCUCAACGGUGGUAACAGUGGUGUGUUUGAGGACAACAUCACUGCCGCAUGUCAGUACGGCUACAAGCGGUCAUCCGGGGAUUUAACCCGGACCUGCCUGGCGAGCGGCUCCUGGUCGGGACAGGGUCUGGCCUGUGCGCGGGUCCAAUGCCCCGACGUCGUCCUGCCCGCCAAUGCAGUGAUCAGUAGCUUCAACGGGCAGCACUUCGGUGACCAGGUCAAGUAUGGAUGCAGUGAAGGUUACGAUCUGGGGAACUACACCUCCGUCCUAACCUGCAUGGCUGACGGAAACUGGAGCAGUGAAUUUCCCACGUGCCAAGAAAUUACUUGCCCAGCGCCCACGGCACCCAUGUACCUAUCAGAUGCGGAUAGUGGCGAGUCUUCCCGGUUCUUGGACCAGUCAAGCUCUGCUAGCACAUACAGCUACGGUCACGUGUACAGCUAUGUGUGUGAUGUUGGUCACUAUCUGAUUGGUGCAAACAACACUACUUGUUCUCAAACUCACAACUGGACUAAUCCACCACCAACAUGUCAAGACGUGACCUGCAACGUGUCACAACUACCCGCCAUACCGCAUGGCAGUCACAGCUCGGCCAAUCUCUCGAUUACCGUUCUCCAGUACAACGAGAGCAUAGUCUGGUCAUGUGAUCAGGGCUAUGAACUACAGACUACUAAUACCACUGCUGGUGGUGGUGUUGGUACUAGCGGCGGUGCUGAUGGAAUACAGCAAUGCACACACUACACUAAUCAACCUGGAUACUUUACUGGAACAACACCAAACUGUACUCGGGUGUCCUGUCCAGCGUACGGCUCCGUCCUGAAUGGUGUUGUGAAGUCCAGUGGUGCUUCACAGAGUCCUCGUUACCAGGACGUCUCCAUGGUACAGUGUCUGCAGGGCUAUGAACUUGCCGACGGUCAGUCCAGCACUGCCACCGUUACGUGCCUGGCUGCCGGCAACUGGUCGCAGGACAUUUCCACGUGUACCGCCGUCAGCUGCGGUGCCAUUCCCAAUGUUUCCAACGCCGACCGUCAAGGCAAUACGUCCACGUUUGGCAGCAACAUCGUCUAUACCUGUCUCCCCGGUUACAACAUGACUGCUGGGUCGGCCGUGAUUGGUUGCCAGGACGACAAGACAUGGAGUGGGACAGUCCCUACUUGCACACGUAUCCGGUGUCAUCCACCGGCACUCGGCUCCCAUGCUACAGUCUCAACCAACCGCUCACUGUACGACUGGUCCGAGACGGUCAGUUUCUCCUGCAUGACAGGGUACGUGAUAAAGUCUGGUGCCAGUGCGACAUGGUGCACUGAUGCCGGGAGAUUUUCUGACGAACAUCCGGGAUGCGACGCUGUGGAUUGCCCACCGAUAUCUAUUCAGAAUGGCCAGCUCUCCUCCACGCAAGGUUCCUUCGGUGACGACAACAUCACGCUGCAGUGUGACCGUGGCUAUGAACUAAGCGAUGGCCAGUACUCCACGGUUCUCACCUGCCUGGCUAGCGGAGCAUACUCCACUGCGCCGGUACCGGACUGCCGGCUUGUCACCUGCCCCUUACCGGACUCCGCUAACAACACACGUCGCAUCGGCACUAGCAAUACGUACGGUUCCACGAUACGAUUCGAAUGUGAUGCGGGAUUUGUGGGUGCGAACGGCAUGCUCACAAGCACGUACACAUGUAGCUACCUGAAUACCACCUCAGCAAUACCGUACAGCUGGACCACGUCUGGUGUGGAUAUCAGAGUCAAUGGCUGCAGACCCGUACAGUGUAAUGUGCCCUCAGUGCCGCAUCUGAGUUAUACAAGCCUACGCGGUGAUGUCAUUAUGUAUCGUGAUGAUGUCAUUGGCACUUGCAAUCUUGGCUAUGAGCUAGCCGGUGGUGAUCUGGUUCGUAGUUGUGUAGUUGAUGUUAGUAAUAAUGGUGUUGGUAUGUUGACUGGCAGUGUUCCUGUAUGUUCACCUAUACAAUGUACUGAUCCUGGUAUACCAGUGGAUGGACAACGUAACACUACUGCUCGUACCUAUACUGAUGUCAUCCAGUAUGAGUGUAAUAGUGGUUUUCUACUCAACGGUACAUCAAUUAUUCAAUGUCAGGCCAAUGCUACAUGGACUGCACCCACACCACACUGUACAGCGCUGAACUGUGAUCAUCCUGGACACAGUGACUACAUCAGCCGACAUGGAGAUGAACAUUUCUACAAUAGAUCUGUGAUGUUCCAUUGUCCUGUCGGCUUUGAUCUGGUGGGCAACAGUGUGUUGUUCUGUCAAGCUGAUGGUUCCUGGAACAGCUCCACACCAAGCUGUGUUCCUAAACAGUGUCCAGUGGUAGACAAUAGCAAUGCACAUCGUAGCAGCACUAGUAGAAACAACACAGUAACAAGUGUGAUACGUUUUCAAUGUGAUGUGGGAUAUGAAACGAGUGAUGAGCUCUCAGUUUUAUGCCAACACAAUCAAACAUGGAAUUCAUCCUUUCCGAACUGUACCAUUGUUUCCUGCGGCAAUCCACCCAGUGGUGAGAACUCAGUUUUGAGUACAGCCUCCACUGACUUUGGAGCCAGAGCCAGCUAUACAUGUAAUGUUGGCUAUCAGCAUGUAUCAGGUGAUCUUGCUGUGGCGUGCACUUCGAACGGAACAUGGACAGGCGCAGCCAUGGCGUGCGAUCUCAUCUCUUGUCCGGCCCUUUCCGAACCAACUGGCGGCAGUGCGGAUUUGAAUGGUGGGAAUUUCAGCUAUGGCUCAGUGACUGUGUUCAGCUGUGAUCUUGGCUACAUACAGCACGGGUCUGGUGUGCGCGUGUGUGAAGCCAGCGGCAACUGGAAUGGAACAGAUGCUACAUGUUCAGUCGUGCAAUGUUUGCUACCCAGUCUACCGGCUCACACUCUACGUUCACUGAACGUGACAUCAUCUUCAUUGAGUGUAGACUACCUGACUGAAGUCAACUAUACAUGUGUACAAGGGUAUAGGCUGGUGGGUAAUGUCUCACACACUUGCUUACAUACAGGAUUCUGGAGUUCACCAACACCUUACUGCACAGUGAUCACCUGUCCCGAACCAGAUCAUGUUACCAACGCCCUCCGUCACGGCAACACCUUCAAAUGGUCGCUCAGCGUCACGUACGGGUGUUUGAACGGUUUCUAUGCCGACGGAGAGACGACGCUGACCUGCACCCAGCAGGGCAACUGGUCGGCACUGCCUCCAUCUUGUACUGCUCACACGUGUGACACGAACUUCUCCAGUCCGCUCCACGCAACAACGGUCACAUCCCGCGGCUCCUUCAUGCCAAAUAUAGCGCUGUACGAGAGUGACGUCAUUCUGUCGCUGUGCCACAACGGUUACGAGAGUAGCAACACUCAGUCGUCGGUGUGCCGAGCCGGCCGCUGGGUACCUGGCUUCAUGCCCGACUGUCAGGAGACGCUGUGCAACGGUUCAACCCCUCUGGGUGGCAACAACACCGUGAGAACCGGCAGCAGUAACACCUACGGUAGCACACAUUCCUAUACGUGCGUGGCUGGGUAUCGCUGGAGUUGGCCUUUCCCCGUGCUCAACAUUACCUGCCAGCAUGACAUGACCUGGUCAGCCACUGCUCCAGACUGUGUUCGAGUUCAGUGUGCAAGCCUGGACGCGAUCAACAACGGAGUCUGGUUGAAUGCCACUGCGGACCGUGUGUUCGAAGAUACUCUGGUCGGUGUGUGUAGUGACGGAUACGAGCUUGCCUCUGGCAACUUGACCCGGACAUGCACGGCGGAUGGAGCAUGGUCCGGAGCAGAUCCUGUAUGCGCCAGACGUUCCUGCUCUCCCGCCAUUCCGCCACGGAAUGGGCGCAUUGACGCUUACGAUGGCAACCGUUUUGGUGACGUGGUGCGGUUCAGCUGUGACGAGGGUUACGAACUGGGCACCAACCAGAUUCGUGUAUUGAUGUGCCACGCCAGUGAACAAUGGAACGGGUCUUUCCCCGCCUGUCAACAAAUCCUGUGCCCAAGUCCACCAACCCCGCUGUAUUCCGGCAUGCCACCAACACCCGUGUCAACGACAUCUUCAGUAUCUGGUAUCACGUACAUCUAUGGUCACGUGUACAGCUAUGUGUGUGAUGUUGGUCACUAUCUGAUUGGUGCAAACAACACUACUUGUUCUCAAACUCACAACUGGACUAAUCCACCACCAACUUGUCAAGGUGUGGAGUGUGACAUCUCCUUACUGCCGGCCAUUCCCAACGGUGAGCAUAGCAUUGCAAACACCACCAACACCAUUAAUGCCACCACUGCUAGAAUGGCACUGUCGUACAACCAGACAGUCACCUGGUCGUGUGAUGCUGGCUAUCAGCUGUCCACCGUUACCAAUGACGACGACAAUGGCGGUGAUGGCAGCGACGGUGAAGACUGGUCACAACGUUGCGUACACCGCGUCAAUCAGCCUGGAUACUGGGAUGGCACAGUGCCAAACUGUACACGAGUGGAGUGUCCAGUGUUUGUAAGUGUACCCAACGGACUGGUUGAGCCAGCAUUACCAAAUCCUGCAUUCCAGGACGUUGUCACGAUACGCUGCCUUCCUGGCCAUGAGCUCAUCGACGGUGUGGAAUAA